AUGUCGGAGAACACCGACGUUACUUUAUUAAAUUACAAUGAUGAGGUGCAUACAAAUAUUUGGGAUGAUCUGUUGAAUGCUUUAAUUAGUGUUGCAAAGGGUCUUGAGAAUAUUCAUGCUUAUGGAUCAAUUCAUCGUAACUUUCAUUGUGGCAACAUCUUGGUUCAUUAUUGGAAUGAAUUCCUUAUUGGUGGUUUGAGAUUAUGUCAACCAUCUUCACAAAUUGACAAAAAGCAAGUAUAUGGGGUGUUGCCUUAUAUAGCCCCUGAAGUUUUACGUGAGAAAAAGAUUAUUCGAGCAAGCGACAUUUAUGGUUUCGGAAUCAUAGCAUAUGAGGUACUUACAGGAAUGCCUCCUUAUUAUGAUAUAGCUCAUGAUGAAUUGCUAGCUUUAAAAAUCUGUCAAGGAUUGAGACCAAAGUCUGAUUAUAAAAUCCCUCAACUAAUUUUUGAUGUUAUUAAACGGUGUUGGGACGCAAAUCCUUCGAACCGUCCUAAUGCAAAUGAAUUAUGUAAUUCAUUAAAUAAUUUAGAAAGGAAUUUAGAUGAGAAUAAUGAAGAAACGGUUGCUGUAAAAGACUAG